AGCGGGCCCAGCCUCUGAGGCGAGGUGGCGGCGGGCCCGGCCGCAGCGGCGGCACCUUGGCUGCCACAGCGGCACUCGGCCCGGCAGCCUGGGCACGGCCAGAGACUGGGGGUUUUCUCUCCUUGCAGCGGUUGCAAUGGGCUCUCGCCAUUUCCCUUCCCGGACUGUCCUGUUUGAAAGGGAGACAAGUGGAGUGACAUACCGAGUGCCAGCGUUAAUCUACAUUCCCUGUGUAGCCAAGCUGUUGGCUUUUGCUGAAGAGAGGCUGAGUGUUGAUGAUGCUCAUGCUAACCUACUAGUGCUGAGAAGGGGCACCUUCUACAAGAACUACGUGGAGUGGGAAGACAUGCGAGCCCUUGAAACUGCCACUCUGGCACACCAUCGGUCCAUGAACCCUUGCCCCAUCUAUGAUGAGUUCACAGGCAUGGUUUUCCUGUUUUUCAUUGCUGUGCUUGGCAGGACCCCUGAAGCCUUUCAGAUCAUCACUGGCCAAAAUGCUGCCCGCCUCUGCUAUGUGUCUAGUUCUGAUCAGGGCACAAGCUGGAGCCAUGUGACUGACCUCACCCAGCAAGUUAUUGGCAUGUCAAUCAAAGAUUGGGCCACUUUUGCACUUGGUCCUGGGCAUGGCAUUCAGCUCAGGUCAGGCCGCCUUCUGUUGCCAGCCUACGCUUACCACAUCGACUGCAGAGAGUGCUUCGGGAAACUCUGCAAAACAACUCCUCAUGCAUUCACCUUCUACAGCGAUGACCAUGGACUGAGCUGGCACUUCGGUGAGUUCAUCCCAAACCUACAAACUGUUGAGUGCCAGAUGGUGUCUGUGGAUGAGGAAGAUGGCAGCAAUGUGCUUUACUGUAAUGCUAGGAGUCCCCUAGGCUUCCGAGUGCAGGCGCUCAGCAUGGAUGAUGGAGCAGUAUUUCACUCAGGGCAACUGGUGCAGAAGCUUGUGGAGCCCCCUCACGGCUGCCAUGGCAGCAUCAUUGGGUUCCCAGCUCCACUGUACUACCUGAGUCACCACAACCAUGUGCUCCAGGAAGAAACAUGGUCGGUGGAAGGCUUGGACUUCCUCCCAUGGACUGGUACUUAUAAGAGACACCAACCUCCUCCUGCCCCACCAUCCACUUCUCUUUGCAACCUAUCUCUAUCCCAUCAACAACAGUAUCAGGAAAGGUUUGCAACAUCCCGGACUUCUAGUGGUCAUCACAGCAACUUUCUUGGCCACACCUAUUCAGCUAAAGCACAUAUAGAUCAGGAACAUCAUGAAGCAGGAAAUAUUUCAAAAUCUAGCUUUUACUUCCAGAUACCAACAUGGGUGUUAUAUUCCCACCCAACCAGCUCCAGAUCCAGAAUCAACCUGGGGGUUUACCUCAGCACAUUUCCCAGAGAUGCUGACAGCUGGUCUGAGCCCUGGGUUAUUUAUGAAGGCCCCAGUGCCUACUCAGACCUGGCCUAUGUUGAGCUGCCAUACUCAGAGGUCUCCAUAACAGGAAUCCCAGCCAUAGCCUUUGCUUGCCUGUAUGAGAAUGGGGUCAGGUCCCCAUAUGAACAAAUCUCCUUCAGCAUGUUCACGCUGCAUGAAGUUCUUCAGAACAUCCCUCUGACAACUUCUUUUCCAGGCUCGAAGCAACAACCAGGUGGUAGAAAGAGAAGAGGGAGGAGCUGUGUCAUCUCAUAA